AUGGCAACAACAGUGACAUUUAAAGAAGAAGAAACUCAUUCAUUGAAUAAUGAAAAUCGUAGUCAUCCAAAUGAGAUGACGAAAGCAUCGAAUACAGGAUCAGAAGAUGAUAAUAAUGAUUUUGAUACAUGCGGUUGGAUAUUGAUUGUUUUCUCAUAUAUUCUUGUCGUAAUUACAUUUCCGUUGGCUGCAUUUUAUUGUAUUAAUGUUGUUCAAGAAUAUCAACGAGCUGUUAUUUUUCGUCUCGGAAGAAUUUUACAAGGUGGCGCUAAAGGACCUGGUUUAUUCUUUAUUUUACCUUGUGUUGAUACGAUCGUUAAAGUUGAUUUGCGAACAACGACAUUCAAUGUACCACCUCAUGAAAUUUUAACACGUGAUUCUGUAACAGUUUCUGUUGAUGCUGUUAUUUAUAGUCGUAUUAUUGACCCGGUUGCUAGUGUUACAAAAAUAAAUAAUGUUUAUGCUGCUACACAAUUACUUGCACAAACAACAUUACGUAACAUACUUGGUACAAAAACACUUCAUGAUAUUUUAACUGAUCGUGAAAUAAUUGCGAAUACUAUGGAAACUCAACUUGACGAAGGAACUGGUCCAUGGGGUGUGAAAGUCGAACGUGUUGAAAUUAAGGAUGUUCGUUUGCCACAAUCAAUGCAACGAUCAAUGGCUACUGAAGCUGAAGCAAGUCGUGAGGCGCGCGCAAAAGUUAUUGCUGCUGAAGGUGAACAAAAAGCAUCAAGACAAUUGAAAGAAGCUGCUGAUGUGAUAGCAACAUCACCCAUUGCUUUACAACUACGAUAUUUACAAACAUUAACACAAAUUUCAGCAGAAAAAAAUUCAACCAUCAUUUUUCCAAUACCUGUUGAAUUCUUCAAUGCGAUCAAACCGGGUCAAUAG